AUGUGUAAAGCCGGUUUCGCCGGUGAUGACGCUCCACGUGCUGUUUUCCCAUCAAUUGUUGGUAGACCAAGACAUCAAGGUAUCAUGGUUGGUAUGGGUCAAAAAGAUUCAUACGUUGGUGAUGAAGCUCAAUCAAAAAGAGGUAUCUUAACUUUACGUUACCCAAUUGAACAUGGUAUUGUUACCAACUGGGAUGAUAUGGAAAAAAUCUGGCAUCAUACUUUCUACAAUGAAUUACGUGUUGCUCCAGAAGAACAUCCAGUUUUAUUAACUGAAGCUCCAAUGAACCCAAAAACCAACAGAGAAAAAAUGACUCAAAUUUUAUUUGAAACUUUCAACGUUCCAGCUUUCUACGUUAACAUUCAAGCUGUUUUAUCAUUAUAUUCUUCAGGUAGAACUACUGGUAUUGUUUUAGAUUCAGGUGAUGGUGUUACUCACGUUGUUCCAAUCUAUGCUGGUUUCGCUUUACCACACGCUAUUUUAAGAAUUGAUUUAGCUGGUAGAGAUUUAACUGAUUACUUGAUGAAAAUCUUAUCUGAACGUGGUUAUUCAUUCACUACUACUGCUGAAAGAGAAAUUGUUCGUGAUAUUAAAGAAAAAUUAGCUUAUGUUGCUUUAGAUUUCGAUCAAGAAUUACAAACUUCAGCUCAAUCAUCAGCUAUUGAAAAAUCAUAUGAAUUACCAGAUGGUCAAGUUAUUACCAUUGGUAAUGAAAGAUUCAGAGCUCCAGAAGCUUUAUUCCACCCAUCAUUAUUAGGUCUUGAAGCUGCUGGUAUUGAUCAAACCACUUACAACUCUAUUAUCAAAACUGAUGUUGAUGUUAGAAGAGAAUUAUAUGGUAACAUUGUUUUAUCUGGUGGUACUACUAUGUUCCCAGGUAUUGCUGAACGUAUGCAAAAAGAAAUUACUGCUUUAGCUCCAUCUUCAAUGAAAGUUAAAAUUAUUGCUCCACCUGAAAGAAAAUACUCUGUCUGGAUUGGUGGUUCUAUCUUGGCUUCAUUAUCUACUUUCCAACAAAUGUGGAUCUCAAAACAAGAAUAUGAUGAAUCUGGACCAGCUAUUGUUCACCACAAAUGUUUCUAA